CUGAACCGCUUCAGACGGGACCCAUCUCUCGUUUCCAUCGGAUUCACUUCCACUCCCAAAUUUUCACUUUUCAAAAUAUUACACCUUCUUUAAAACAUUUUCCAAAUUUCAACUUUACCACCGGAUUUGUCAGUGUUGUAAAGAAGAAAGCCUUAAAAUGGUUAUUGAGCAGAAAUUCAAAGCCGGGGAGGAGCCGGAUCCGACCGAGUAUCUCUUCAUCAGCAUGGAGCAGAGGAUGAAGGAUCAAAGUAAACCGUACGAUGCCAAAACGGCUUGCUGGGUCCCAAACGACGAGGAGGGUUUUAUCAUCGGAGAGAUCAAAGGGACGAAAGGAGAUUUGGUCACCGUCUUUGCCAAGUCGGAGGAGAAAGCAUACAAGAAAGAUUUGGUUGGUCAAGUGAAUCCACCGAAAUACGAGAAAACGGAGGACAUGUCAAAUCUCACUUUCUUAAAUGAUGCGUCCGUCUUGCACAACUUGAAGCAACGAUACUACGCCAAGCUUAUCUACACCUACUCUGGCUUGUUCUGUAUCGCCAUCAACCCCUACAAACGGUACCCAAUCUACACGGUCCGAGCCAUGAAAAUCUACAACAAUAAGCGAAGGAAUGAAGUUCCCCCACACAUUUUCGCCAUUGCGGAGGGUGCUUAUCAAAACAUGGUGACAGCCAAGGAGAACCAGUCCAUCCUCAUCACGGGUGAAUCUGGUGCCGGAAAGACGGAAAAUACCAAGAAAGUUAUUGCCUAUUUUGCUCAAGUCGGUGCCUCCUCAAAAUCUGCAGAGAAAAAGGUCUCCCUUGAAGAUCAAAUCGUACAAACCAAUCCCGUCUUAGAAUCAUUUGGUAACGCAAAGACAACGCGUAAUGAUAACUCUUCCCGAUUUGGUAAAUUUAUCCGUAUUCAUUUCGGACCAACUGGAAAAUUGGCUGGUUGCGAUAUUGAGAGCUACUUGUUGGAGAAAGCUCGUUGCAUUUCUCAGAUGCCGCUGGAAAGAUGUUACCAUAUUUUCUACCAGCUCAUGACCGGUGCCAUUGAUGGCAUGAAGGCCAUGCUGUUUCUUGGAGAUGACAUUUACGUCUAUCCUUUCGUUUCUCAGGGAAAAAUCACUGUCCCCUCAAUCGAUGACUUUGAGGAAAUGAAGAUGACUCACGAGGCUUUUGAAAUCCUAAAGUUUGAAGAAGAAGAGAGGUCAAACAUUUACAGAGUCACGGCAUCUUGCAUGCACAUGGGUGCCAUGAAGUUCAAGCAGAAAGGGCGAGAAGAACAAGCCGAACCUGAUGGCAUGGAUGCUGGGAUCUUUACGGCCAAAUUGCUUGGAGUUGAUGGUGAAGAAUUGUACAAAAAUAUUUGCAAGCCAAGAAUUAAGGUCGGUGCGGAAUUCGUCACAAAGGGGAUGAACGUUGCCCAGUGCGGUUACACAUUGGGUGCCAUGACCAAAUCCAUUUACGACAGAUUGUUCAAAUUUUUGAUCAGAAAGUGUAACGAAACUUUGGACACGAACGCGAAAAAAUCUUCAUUCGCUGGUGUAUUGGACAUUGCUGGUUUCGAGAUUUUCGAUGAAAAUGGUUUCGAUCAGCUUUGUAUCAAUUUCACUAAUGAGAAACUUCAACAGUUUUUCAAUCAUCACAUGUUCGUUCUGGAACAAGAAGAAUACAAAACGGAAGGUUUGGAUUGGAUUUUUGAAGAUUUUGGCAUGGACUUGCAAGCUUGCAUCUCUCUCAUGGAAAUGCCUAUGGGCGUAUUUGCCAUUCUGGAGGAACAGUCUCUCUUCCCUAAGGCCACAGAUGCCACAUUUAUCGACAUGUUGAAAACCAACUUGUUGGGGAAAUCGCCAUGUUUCUUGAAACCCAAACCCCCAAAACCUGGAUGUCGAGAAGCUCACUUCUCUGUCGCCCAUUACGCUGGAACCGUGCCGUACAACAUUUGUGGAUGGCUGGAAAAGAACAAGGAUCCCUUGAAUGACACCGUUGUUGACCAGUACAAGAAGGGUGCAAACCACUUGGUGACAAUCUUGUAUGCUGAUCAUCCUGGCCAGUCGGCACCUGUGGAAACUGCGGAUGCUAAGGGUGGAAAAGGCGGUGGUCGUAAAAAGGGAGGAGGUUUCACCACCGUAUCGUCAUCUUAUCGGGAACAAUUAAACAAUUUGAUGACCACUCUUCGCGCAACUUAUCCGUCCUUCAUUCGUUGCAUUAUUCCGAAUGAAGUUAAGACUCCGGGUCUUAUCGAUUCUCACUUGGUAAUGCACCAGUUGACCUGUAACGGUGUGCUAGAAGGAAUCCGUAUUUGUCGGAAGGGAUUCCCCAACCGAAUGGUGUACAAGGAUUUCAAACACAGGUACAUAAUUUUGGCUGCGGAGCAAAUGAAAGCGAAUGAGAAGGAGGACAAGAAGAUGGCGACGGCCUGUUUCGAAGUCAUUCAAUUGGAUACGGAUCGAUGGCGUGUAGGGCACACAAAGGUAUUCUUCCGUGCCGGUACUUUGGGUUUCCUUGAAGAAUUAAGAGAUGACAAGGUAAGCAAAAUCUUGACCUGGAUGCAAGCCGUGGUGCGUAGCUUCAUCACCAAGAAGCAGUACGCCGCCCUCAAGGAACAAAGAGUUGGACUCCAAGUUAUCCAACGAACCCUGCGAACAUACAUGCGAAACAAGAAAUGGCCAUGGUUCAACGUUAUGCAAAAAGUUAUCCCUCUCUGCGCCGGAAACAAAGAAACAAGGGAACUUAAGAAACUGGAAGAGAAAACGGCCAAGAUGGAGGACCAAUUCAAAAAAUUGGAGGAGGCUCGCAAGACCCAGGAUGAAAAGAACAUUCGUAUGAAAGCAGAAAAGGAAGAGAUUGAAAAAGAGCUUGAAGCUGAAUCAGCAAAAAGUGGUGACUUAUCUGCCCGACUUCAAAAAGUGAACGCUGCCACGGCGGAUCUUCAAUCUCAAUUGGAGGACGUUCAAGAACGACUCGCUCAAGAAGAAGAAGCACGACAAUCACUCACCGUCGCCAAGAAGAAGGUGGAGCAAGAACUGCAAGGAUUUAAGAAAGACAUGGAGGAUUUGGAUCUUCGAAUGAACAAAGCCGAGCAAGACCGCAACACGAAAGAUCACCAAAUCCGAACUUUGAACGAUGAAAUCGCUCGUCAAGACGAUCUUAUCAACAAGCUAAACAAGGAAAAGAAGCAUCAUCAAGAAAUGUCUGGAAAAACUGGGGAAGAUUUGCAAAUAGCUGAAGAUAAAGUCAAUCAUUUGAACAAAGUCAAGGCCAAAUUGGAACAAACUUUGGACGAGUUGGAAGAAUCACUCGAAAGGGAAAAACGACUCAGGGCUGACCUUGAUAAACAGAAGCGAAAGAUUGAAGGCGAUCUCAAACUUACGCAAGAAGCUGUCAAUGAUUUGGAACGAAACAAAAAAGAAUUGGAACAAACCAUCCAACGAAAAGAUAAAGAAAUUCAAGCACAAACGCUGAAAUUAGAAGAUUUCCAAUCUAUCGUGGCCAAAUUACAGAAACAAAUUAAGGAACUGCAAUCAAGGAUUGAAGAGUUAGAAGAAGAGUUGGAAUCGGAGAGACAAGCCAGGGCCAAGGCUGAGAAACAACGAGCUGAUCUUUCACGAGAAUUGGAAGAACUGACCGAGCGCCUAGAUGAAGCUGGGGGAGCAACCGCUGCUCAAAUCGAGUUGAAUAAGAAACGCGAAUCUGAGCUGGGAAAAUUACGUCGUGACAUUGAAGAAUCCAACAUUCAACAUGAAGCAUCUCUUCAAGCCAUUCGCAAAAAGCAGAAUGACGCAGUGACAGAAUUAGCUGAACAGAUCGACGCCCUUGGCAAGAUGAAGGUCCGCGCGGAGAAGGAGCGGUCAGGAAUGGCGAAUGAAAUCAACGAAAUUCGAACAGCCAUGGACCAAAUCACGAAUGAACAUGCAGCCCAAGAGAAACUUAACAAACAGUGGUCAACACAAUUGUCUGAACUCAACUAUAAAUAUGAAGACGCUGUCAGGACCUUGCAGGAGAUGGAAGUUAGCAAGAAAAAGUUGGGAAUUGAAAAUAGCGAUUUGAGCAAACAAAUGGAAGAUGCAACCACGCAGAUUGCAGAGCUCAACAAAUUGAAACUUUCACUUGCCACCCAACUGGAGGAAACAAAACGCGUUGCGGAUGAAGAAUCUCGAGAAAGGGCACUACUUCUCAACAAAUUUAGAAAUGUGGAGCAUGAAUUGGACGGUCAAAGACAGCAAAUUGACGAAGAGGCUGAGAGCAAAGCCAACUUGUUCCGAAUUCUUUCCAAGGCAAGUGCGGAAGCCCAGUUGUGGAGAGCAAAAUACGAGUCAGAGGGUGUCGCUAGGGCAGAAGAGUUGGAAGAAUCAAAACGAAAAUUGCAAGCCCGUCUAACCGAGGCAGAGGAGACGAUUGAAUCUCUCAACCAAAAAGUGGUAGCGUUGGAAAAGAGCAAACAAAGGUUGGCGACUGAAUUGGAAGAUUUACAAUUGGAGGCUGAGCGCAUGAAAUCAAUGGCCAAUUCAUUGGAGAAGAAGCAGAAAUACUUUGACAAAACGGUGGAGGAAUGGAAAGUCAAAGUUGACGGAUUAUCAGCAGAGUUGGAUUCUUCACAGAAAGAGUGUCGCAAUUAUUCGACAGAGCUUUUCAGGCUGAAAGCCGUCUUUGAAGAGAGCACGGAAUCGUUGGAUGUCGUUAAGCGUGAGAAUAAAUCUCUCUCAGAGGACAUUAAGGAUCUCAUGGAUCAAAUUGGCGAAGGUGGUAGGGCCAUUCAUGAAAUGGAUAAGGCAAAGAGGCGAAUUGAAGCUGAAAAAGAGGAACUCACGGCCGCCCUUGAAGAAGCCGAAGCCGCAUUGGAACAAGAGGAAAGCAAAGUUCUUCGUGGACAAUUGGAACUUACCCAAGUCCGUCAAGAAAUUGAUCGCCGUAUUCAAGAGAAAGAAGAUGAGUUUGAAAACACACGCAAAAAUCAUAUCCGAACAUUGGAUGCUUUGCAAGGACGUCUCGAAGAAGAGGCUAAAGCCAAGGCUGAAGCACUUCGAAUGAAAAAGAAACUCGAAGCUGACAUCAAUGAAUUGGAACAUGCCGUCGAAAAUUCGAACAAAACUAACGCUGAGGCCCAAAAAACUAUCAAGCGAUACGUCAAUCAAUUGAAAGAGAUCCAGCAAGCUUUGGAAGAAGAGCAACGUGCUCGAGACGAAACCAGAGAAGCCCAUCAACAAGCCGAACGUCGCGCAAAUGCUCUAGCAAACGAGUUGGACGAGUCUCGAACUCUGCUAGAACAAGCCGAUCGAGCCCGUCGUGCAGCAGAACAAGAACUUUCUGAAGGUCACGAACAAAUCAAUGACCUCAGCGCCCAGGCUGAAAGUCUCUCUUCAAACAAGAGGAAACUGGAAGCUGAGCUGCAGACUUUGCAUUCUGACUUGGAAGAAAUCUUGAACGAAGCCAAGAAUUCUGAAGAGAAAGCAAAACGUGCCAUGGUGGACGCAGCUCGUCUCGCGGACGAACUUCGAGCUGAACAAGAACACGCUCAAGCCGCAGAGAAAGAGAGGAAAACGAUGGAAAUCGCCAUGAAAGAUUUGCAAGCUCGUUUGAACGAAGCUGAGGCGAAUGCUUUGAAAGGAGGAAAGAAAACUAUCGCCAAAUUGGAAGAACGCAUUCGAGUCAUGGAACAAGAAUUGGACGUUGAACAACGACGUCAUUCGGAGGCUCAGAAGAACUUGCGAAAGGGUGAGAGACGCAUCAAGGAAUUGACCUUCACUGCCGAAGAGGACCGCAAAAACCACGAAAGAAUGCAAGACCUUGUGGACAAAUUGCAGCAAAAGAUCCGUUCAUACCAGAGACAGAUUGAAGAAGCGGAAGAAAUCGCAGCCAUUAAUCUCGCCAAGUUCCGCAAGACUCAGGGUGAACUUGAGGAAUCUGAAGCUCGCGUGGACACCGCUGAGCAAAUGCUGCAAAAGAUGCGAGCUAAGGCGCGUGGCGAAUCUGUGGCGCGUGCCAACCAGCAGUAGGUGCGAGGAUCCAUCGCUCUGCUAUCUUGACGUCGACAGGAAAUGACAUGGAAAGUUUGAUGAAUGAAAGUUAAAUCUAGUCAGAAGAAAGCUUUACCCUUUUCGCGACCCUUACAAUAGUCUGCCUCAUUCUGUUUAUUGCAUGCAUCAUAAAUCUAUACAUUAUAACUACAUCUUCCCACUACAGUUCAAUUAUAUUUGGUCACAAGUUGUUAUAAUUUUCUUUCUUCCUUCCUUAGUUAUUCGAUAUUCUGUUGUCUCAAUAAAAGCAAAGUGAUGUUUA